AUGGUAUGUGAAAUUUGCAUGGAUCACAAACCCUAUGAAGAGACCUUUUCAAACCCCACUUGCUCUCACACCCACUGUAAUGAAUGCAUAACUAAGCACAUAGCCUCAAAACUACAAGAGAAUUUAACCCUUAUUGAGUGCCCUGUUCCUUCAUGCAAGCAAGUUAUAGAGAUAGAAAGUUGCAUGCCCUUUCUUCCAAAAGAAGUCUUUGAGAGAUGGAGUGCUGUGUUAUCAGAGGCCACAAUACUGGGGAGCAACAAGUAUUAUUGCCCCUUUGAGGACUGCUCUGGGCUUCUGGAAUUUGUUGAAGGUGAAAAUAUUAAUAUAAAGGAGAGUGAGUGCCCUUAUUGUAACAGGCUCUUUUGUGCUAGGUGCAAGGUGCCAUGGCAUUCAGGGUUCAAGUGUGAAGAGUUUGAAAUGAAGGAUGAUGAUGAUUUGUUCAUUAAGCUUGCAAUGGAGAAAAAGUGGACAGCUUGCCCUAACUGUAAGUUUUAUGUGGAGAGGAAGUCUGGAUGUGAUCAUAUGAUUUGCAGGUGCCUGUGUAAAUUUUGCUACCGAUGUGGAUGCCCCUGGAAACUCGAACACUCAUGCAAAUAG